UAACAGUUUAGCCUCUGUUGUACUUCAGAAUCACCAUGUCCUGGAUACAAUGACAGCCCAAGAAGGAGGAGCUUAUGCAAUCAUUGGCGAGGAAUGCUGCUUACAUGUAAACCACUACGGACAAAUAGAAUCUAAUCUGAACAUUUUGAAAGACAAGAUAAACACUCUUCAUCAUAUAAAUGAAGCUAAACCAUUCCAUUGGACUGACCCAUUGCCAGAGAUAGGAGACUGGUUGAAUGCAGUAUGGCAAGCCAUAAAACUUCCAUGGAGAAAGAUGCCUUCCCUGUGCCAGGACAAGAAAAUAACCCUAUCCCCAGGAUUGGAAAUUGUUGCUUCAGUAGACCUGUACAAAUAAACUAAAGUAACUCUU